CUCAACUUGCAAGUCAAAGCAUGAUUUGCUGUCCUGUCAAAGUUGUGGUGCAUCGAGCAUCGUUCGAAAAAGACCUAUUCAGGGACAGAGGGCACUUUCAUCUAAACUUUUGCAAAAUAUUUUACGAAAUCCGAUACCAUCACUUAGAAGAACUAAAAAGAAGAAAGAAUAGUCAUAUCGAGAGGAGUUUCAACGCGGAAUCUACAGGGCUUUGAUGAUUCAGAGUGGUAAUGGGGAAUAUUCAAAGUAGGUGUUCAUUACAGAAAAGGAAAACUCAAAAUCGACUGCACCGUAAAGCAGUAGGAGAAACAGAAGUUGGUCGGCCCGGAGCGUCCAAACCAUCACAACUACAACGAAGUGCCAGUCAAGGAUCUUUACGAAGGCGAUACUCAGAAUCUGGAAAUUAUUCUUACAAAACACCUUGGCCUGUUCCAUUGAGUGACACUGUCUUUUUGCCCGAGUAUGAUUUUAAGCAGGUAGUCAAGAUCAGUGACUUUGAGAUCCUGGCAACAGUUGGUAAAGGUGCAUUUGGGCAUGUACUUCAAGUACAAAACAAACAAUCUAAUAAAUUGUUUGCCAUAAAGAUACUGAACAAAGCAGAAAUAAUCAAGGGGAAUGCUGUUCAGCAGUGUAAAGAUGAAGUUAAUAUUCAGAUACAACUUGAUGAAUUUCCAUUUCUUGUGAAAACUUGGUAUACAUGGCAAACUAAACACAAUCUUUUCAUUGUUUCAGAUUUUGUUGAUGGCAGUGAUCUGUACACAUUAUGGCGUCAAGAAAAGAGGAUAAAUGAGACAACUGUCAAGUUGUAUUCUGCUGAAUUAGCCAUUACAUUAGAUUACUUGCACAAAUCAGGGAUCAUUUACAGGGAUUUGAAGCUUGAGAAUAUCCUCAUAGACAAUGAAGGUCACAUCAAACUGGUCGAUUUUGGUCUGUCAAAGUUAGUGAAACCUGGAGAGCGUGCAGGAACUAUCUGUGGGACCCUGCAGUACAUGGCCCCUGAAAUCUUGACUGGUAAAGAAUAUAGCCAUUGUGUAGACUGGUGGAGUUUAGGCGUGGUGAUGUACAUUCUUCUCGCUGGAAAGUAUCCAUACCCAGUCACACAAGAGCAUGCCACCCAGUUCAAAGUGGUCAGCGGUGUCGAGGUUGACUUUCCACUAGACCUUUCACCUAAUGCGAUCAGCAUUGUUCAGGGGCUCUUGCAGAAGGACCCCGCUUGUAGGAUAUCAAGUGUUGAAUCGUUUGAGACGCACGCGUAUUUUAGUGAUCUGUUGUUCAAGGACGUAUUGGAAAAGAAGCGAGAACCCAUCACCGUGGAAACACUCAAGACAUUAAGGCGGAGAAGCAUCGGAUCUAGAACGAUCUUCCCCAGAAGAAUCGAAAGAAAUCGUCGAGAGAAGAAGCCCCGUCCGUUGUCGUGGGCGAAUCCAGGAAACUUCACCGUGCGAGAUAAAACCCACAUGGACUGGCUUGUAGCUGACUUGGGAAGUCUACGCACACUAACGCUCAGCAGUAACACAGAGGAGGGCGCUGGAACUGAGUAUUUAGUGGCUUCGUGAAAAUGGUUACAGGUGAAGUGUUAAAGAUCUGAAAGGCCGCGAUGGUGGACCAUAUUCUGGCUACUGGGGCAUUUAUUUCUUUCUGUGCGUGACCAGAAGAACUCAGGGUCCAUGAGGUAGAAUCAAUAAAUAAUGAUUGGGAGUUCUGAAUUAAACCGCCUAGUGAGAUCAAGGUAGCCGUAGCUAAAAGUGGCGUGAGCCCCAAAAGAUCUGAGUUUUGAACAAUUAGGAAAACUGGUGAUGUUAUGUGACGACAGGCAUCCCUACCCUUUUCACAUAUGAUCUCUUUCACCUCACCCUCCUGCACAGUAUUUAUUGAACGGAUUAUUAAUAUAAUAUAUUUUUUAAUAUAUCGAAGUGUUUCACGCUCCUGCAUGCAUUUCUGAGAAUAGUUCAGUUAAUAUAUACAGUGUAUAAAAGAAACAUUCAAACGUAUUAUAAUAAUUUUAUUAUUAUUAUGAUGAUGUACAUCAUAGAGAAAUAUCCAAUACGAAUAUGCGUACUAUGCGCAUUUAAGAGAGAUCCUAGAGGUUCUUACAUCUCGUUAUAAUGUUAUGCUGUUGCAGCAGACCGUCAAAUUGUCAGACAUGCUCCUUCACGACAAUUGUGACUUUCAGCUGAUGUAAAUGCAGUCGACUCUUGAUAACUCGAUCCUGUGUGGGAAACAGAAAAAAUUUAUAGUUACCGGGAGUUUAGGGGAAAAAAUGCAGAAAAUAGAGGUGAAAUGGUAUUAACUGUUCCUCUGUUCUUAUAGUACAAAUUCUGAUCAAAUUUUGAUCAAAACGUAGACUCGUGGAGUUAAAAUGGAACACUUUGAAAAGACCCUAAAAGCAGCACAGUGACAGCAAAAUAUAUGGCACUGUAUUGAGAUGUACCCUACUGGAAAAACUCGUUUUUGUUGUUCGCGAAAAGGAAGGUGACAGAAAAAUGCACAACUGCUUCAAAAUGAUUCAAUCUUUGGACUACAGUGCCAUGUGUUAUGUUUUGGUUAAAGUCAUCAAGUGUCAAAUUAUAUGGGAAGUGUCUCUAAUU